AUGAGUUCGGUGAUAGAAGUAAAGAGGUUAGAGUUGCAGUAUGCCGAGAGAGAAAAAGAGAAAGAUAGGAAAGAAAGGUUAGAGCGUGAGGAACGAGACCGAAAAGAGCGGUUAGAACGGGAAGAGCGUGAAUAUAAGUUAAAGUUGGAACAACUUAAAAUUAAACGCGAAACUGGAGGUGUAGAAGAUAGUAACACUAAUGUAAUUAAGUAUUCAAAGAUGAUUCCUUCCUUCGACGAAAACUCGCCUGAUGAAUUUUUUGCUUUAUUUGAGAAGUUGGCAGAUAGUUUAGAGCUACCUAAGGAAAUAUGGCCAAUUCCUAUUCAACCUGCUUUAAAGGGUAAAGGUCGGUCUGCCUUUCUGGCUUUAACGUUAGAAGAAGGUAAAGAUUAUGAUUUUAUUAAGGAAUCUAGCUUGCGUGUGUAUGAACUCACCCCAGAAUAUUACCGCUUAAAGUUCCGCAAAUAUCGUAAAUUUGACAACCAGUCGUAUGUUGAAUAUUCUCAUAAUAUUGUGCGUAUGCAUGAUAAUUGGUUAAAGUCUGCUGGUGUUUCGAGCAUGGAUAAAUAUAGAGAACUAAUAUUAGUAGAACAAUUUAUAGGAGGUAUACCCAUUGAUACGCAGAGGUAUUUAUUUGAGAAAGAAGUAACUACUCUUCAAAGAGCAACUGUACUUGCUGAAAAUUUUAGGUUAUUAAGACCUCGCAAACCAGGUAAUCAAUCCAGGAAGACACCAAGUAAGUCACCUCAAAACUCACCACCAACAAGUCCUUAUAAAUUAUCUGUUAAAUCUCUUGGCUCUGGUGCUAGUUCAAGUGUAACUUGUUAUUCGUGUGGUGAGGUCGGUCAUGUGAAAGCUAGAUGUCCCAAACAUUCUAGGAAGAAUGAAAGAAAGAGUAAAGGAGAGGAAUCUAAUUUCUCUUGUGAUAUAAAUGCUGAGUCAGCUGGUGUUGAUGGUUUCAAACCAUUCUGCUUUGACGGCGUUUUGGUUGCUGGUGAUGAACAUAGUAAGGAUGUUGUUGUAAAGUUAAUGCGGGACACCGGUUCAUCGCAGAGUUUAGUUGUUAGAGGGGCAGUACCUGGGUUAGAAGACUAUCUCACCAAUGAUAAAGUAAUAGUUAGGAGCAUAGGGGGUUUGACUUCUUUGCCUCGGGCUAGAGUGCAUUUGGAUUGUGGCAUAUUCAAGGGUGAUAUCAUUGUGGGUAUUGUCGAGUCUCUUCCGAUUCCUGGCGUAGAUGUUCUUGUUGGAAAUGAUGUUGCAGGUAAUCGUGUGGUAUGUGAUACUCCUUUGGAAGUCAGCCCUGUUCAGCAGUUGGAGGAUGUGGAACGUGAUUUGUUUCCAUCUUGUGUAGCUGAACGCAGCAGAGGCCUGCAUGGGUGGUAUUGUUUUUGA